AUGAAGUGCUCCAACUCCUUAAAAGAGAAUAUCUCCGGGCCCAGCUUUUUCACGGAUUCGAUCCUCGGCACGCUGAAUCUUUUCAUCGAGCUACUCAACAAGAAGAAUGAGAAAACGGAAGGGUUCAUCAAGGACACUCUGUUAAAAGUGUUGUUGAGAGACUUUGGUGGGUACAGUCUCGCUCGUGUACUUUCCGUUGCCAAGACCAGGAAGCCGGCGAUGGGAAACUCGCUAAAUCGCUACAAACCGAGCUACUGCAGCAGUUGGUAG